UGUUAAUGACAUCACAUACUUGCUCAGCGCGCAUCUCUCCCCAUCUUGUGCAUCUCACCAAUUUCAAGUUUUAUGUUUCUUCGCUACACUGACUAAACAUGGAGCAAACCGAAUAUACUCCGGAAAAGUGACGUCAUGAUGGGUUGCUGUGUGGUUUGAGCUUUGAAAUGGAGGGAGAGAGUGAGCAAGACAAGAAGGAUCAAGAGAUUGUUGUUGCUGCCUCGGCUGAGAGUCAGAAUCGUAAGAGGAAAGGAAAGCGAAGGCUCGAGAUUGAUAUGGGAGAUUUCUCAUCACAAGAUGUGAUGGAGGGAAGUGGCAUGUCACUGCGUGUCAGACAAGCUACGGACAACAGCCGAGUUAGGAUUUGUCAGACAUGUCCUGUGUGUGAUUCGAUAGUGAAGGCAUCGGAGAUGCAUCAGCACUGUAAUGUGGAGAUAGAGAGACUCAAGCAACUGACUGAGUCACGAUUUGGUGCAGCAUCGAAGAGUCGCAAGAGAAAACAACCGAAAGAUACUUCAUCUAGCAGCCAGAUCUCUAGUGAAACAAGUCAAAACGAAGAAUGCUCAACGACUGAAGCAGCUCAAUCGCUCAUUGAUAAGACGAAACGCAAUCGGCACAGACGAUGUAUUCGAGGCUCCAUUUUCGGGAGUGGUUUGUCACGAAGUGUUGCAUGCCCUGUUUGUGGAUUGGUGGUUGAUGGUGAUAUUGAGACGAUAUAUGGCCAUGUGGAUGAAUGUCUACGGACACAGUCCUCUAGAACCGCCAUGUCUGACAACAGUGAAAGUGAUGGUGAAUCAUUUGAGGAGUACACGUGGGCUGGACAGCAACGAGUGAGAGCAUCAGCAAUGCUAGAAGGCAAACCACUAGGUACUGUGGUGUCUGCCUCGUCUACAGCCGACGUGGACAAUGAUGUUGAUCUUGAUGUGGAGGGUGAAGCUUGUCUUUUGGGCAAACCACAGUAUACGGAGGCCGAUGUGAUUCCUUGCGAAGCAGACGAGCCAAAGGAAGAGAGAGAACGACAAGCAUUACGUGGAGCCGUUCUGAGCAUGUUACCAACUGCAUCUUCUAAGGUCACACGUGAUGACUCAAGUGAACUCGUAGAAUACAUUCCUGAUGAAACUUUGUUCCCAGGAGCUAGAAUUUCGAUUCCAGCUUAUGCCGAGAAUAAUUCAGAACGUCUCACGGUACUUCUCAACAUACUGAAGAAAAGAAUAGCAGAGCAGGAAAGGCAAUUGCAAUCACAGACAAUUCGCUGCCUCAUCUGCAUGGAGCCAUACAACAAGCCUGUCGUAUCAAUCACCUGCUGGCACGUCUACUGCGAAGGAUGCUGGCUGCAGUCUCUUGGAAUGAAGAAAGUUUGUCCACAGUGCAAUGUGAUAACGUCGCCCGCCGAUUUGAGGAGGAUAUUUUUGUAAAUAAAUAAUAAAUAAAUAAUAGAUGUGAACUGGAAGUGGGUCAGUUGUGUUUAGUGGGUGUACAAUGUAAGGGGUGGUGGGAGGGUUGGGUGUAUUAUAGUGUGGGGUGGGAUGUGCUGUGAAUGUUGGAAGAUUGAUGUGUGAUGCUAGUGUGUUGAGUGAUGUGUUGGGAUGAGGAGAUAGACAGUGUGUAUACUGAUGUCGUAUUAUUCACACACAUGUGCACACAUGUACGCACAUGCACAUGCACAUGCACAUGCACACACAUGUACGCACAUGCACAUGCA